AUGGCUUGGUCAUAUCAUUUGUCCAGAAGAAAAUUAAUAGGUACCUCAAAGGAAGAGACCAGAAGGCAAACUAAAAUAUGGCUGGAAGAAUUAGAGGAAGACUUGGUAAGGCUGGGUAUAAAGAACUGGAAAGAUAUAGUACAUGACAAGGUAUUGUAGGCAGCUAUUGUGGUGAUGGCCAACACCCUCAGAGAGUAGAUAUGCAAAGGAAAAAAGAGAAGAAUUACUAAGUAGGUACAACUUACAAUGAACUUCCUAUUCAAUUUUCAAGUAUUUCUGUUCAGUCUAACAAUUUUUUCCACCUAGUACCUACCAAAUAGAAAUAAUAUAAAAAAUACAUAAAAUUAAAAUGUGUGUAAGUAGCUCAAAGUUUGAAAUGGUUUAUCAUCUUAGAAAAAACAAUUGUAAGUUUUUUGUCAAAAUUUCAAGUAUAUAAACUUACUCAUUUUUUACUGACUUAUGACAUAAAAAUAAUUGAAAAGAAUUAAACUACUAUUUUGGUGAAAUUUCUUGUUCUUUCUAUGGUAUUUUCCCUUUUGCUCGGUUUUUGAAAAACUACAGGGAAAAAUCAAAAAAUGACUUCUGUACUCUAAAACUAGAUUCACAAUAGAACAAAACAAUUAGAGCAAUAUUUCUGGUAGAAAAGGUAUACCUUAAAAGUUUAAAAAAAAGGAAUCGUAAUACUGUAAAUUUAUCAGUUUUCAUUUUUGGUCUUUUAAGGUUUCUCCCAAUUAUUUUGAAAAUCUCUUGGAAAAUCAAAAAAAUUACUUCUCUAAUGCACCAACUAGACAAAAUUUCCUUUCAAAAAGGUGCUAUACUUGAUACAUUACAGACCAAAAAAAAACAUAUUAAAACAAAUAGAUUCCUUACUACAUUCCAAAUCUAAAAUGCUGAAAAAAAUAUUUGUACCAAAUCAUGAUUAUAGAUAUACACAAUUUUAUUGAUUGAAAACAAUUUUGUCUUGUAUUAAAAUGAAAAGAAAAAUUUUCAUAAGGUUUAUAAAUUAUCAAAUCACACCAUAGACAACUGUGACUAAAGUAAGUGAAAAGUAAAGUUACAGGGAUAGUUGGAGUAGAGUGGGUAUGUCAAUGCCAAAUAAUCAAUAUUUUAUUAAUUACUUUAACUAGUAAGUUUUUACCUGAUAAUUAUUAUUAAAGUAGUCUGACUUCUUAAUAUUGUUGUUUACUUUCUUGUGCUUGUAUUAUACAUUUGUUUGCUAUUAAUAUUUAAAAAUAUUUAAAUUAAUAAAUAACAUUAACUGGCUUACUGGAAAUUAAUUGCUUUUUUUUCAGCAUUGAACUCAUUAUUGUGGAAAAAUAGUAUACCUGAUGCAUUUAAUCUCCUUGGACAAGCAUUAAACAUUGAUCCAAAAUGUUAUCUUGCCUAUGAAACACUUGGAACAGUUUACAUUGAAACGUAAGAUAUUAAAACACAUGUAUAUAAUAUUUUUAGAUGAUUAUUUUAUUUCAAUACCACUCUGUUAAGAUAUGUUUUAAUUUUGAAUUGAAACUUUUUUAAUAAUGUCGCUACAGUUAAAAAAAACAUUAUAACUAAAUUAUUUGAUUUAUUAUCACUAUAUAGAUUUUAAUAAGAUUAUUUAAAACCACCAUUAUAACUCAAUUUAUUGAGUUUUGAAUUGUUUUUAUCAAUUUACAUUCAAACUAGAAAAAUUUGAGAGAUUAUUAUACGAAAUUUCUUAUUAAAACAUUAUCAUAAAACCCAAAUCUGUAUCAUAUACAUAGUGAUUUAACCAUUAUGUUUCCUUAAGUAUUAUAUAAAUUGCUGCCUUUUAAUAUAAAUAUUUUUCUAGUUUAAAAAAUGUUAUUAAAGCAUACAAUUAUAGUUUUUCUUUUUUUACUUAAAAAUUUAAUGAUGUUAAAUAAAAAUAUACAGAUGUUAUAAAAAUGCAUGCAUACAUUCAUAUAAAAAAAUAAUUAUAAAAAAUAUAAAAUAAAUAAAUCUAUAAAAUAUAAUGACAAAAAACAUGGUAGUAAAAAAUGUUUAAACAGUUCAUUUUUAAAUUAUAUUCAAAAUUAAAUAGUUAAUGCCUAGUACUCAUCAGCUUUCUGGGCGACUUUGGAGUCGAAAAGUCUUCUAUUAUGGCAUCUAAGUCCAUUUUGUUCACUUAGUUUCAAUUGCCAAAAAAUUCAGUGGAUUUAGUUUAUCCUCUUCCAUACUUGCUCUCAAAUAAUUUUUUACGCGUUUUAAUAUAGAAAAAGAGUUCGGGUGAACAGUUAGUUAUUGCCAUACAUAAAAGCAUAUGUAGAGCAAUAUCUACGUUAGGAAAAACUGUGUCUAAAUUAUUACCACAUAAGAAUAUUGAUAACUACAUCAAUAUUUUUAUUUAUACUUUGAAGAAAUGCUCGAAAAUGAAUAUAUUCACAAGCGAAUAAUUUGUAUAAAUCAUCGUUAUAAAAUUCUUGAAGUUUAUUAGCUUUUUGUUAUUUCUUCAGGUGAAAGUAGUAUUAAAUUAGUCAAAGUCAUAUUUGUUAAAUGUAUUAAUAUAAGUCCCGCAUCUCUUUUCAGUUUCACUCUUCACAUGAUCCAGUAUGGAUUUUUGCACUAAGUUAUUUAGUUUGUUUGUUAUUUUGUCUGUUGUCAAGUCGUGAAUAUACAACAUGAUAACGAAAAAUGUAUAAAUAUUGCCGCAUAUGUAAUAAUAUAUAUAAUGUUAUAUAAUAGGGUGAUAAACUCUACGAUUUUGAAAUUGGAAAACGUAAAAUAUAAAUAUUACCACAAUUCCAUUGCUUUUAAAACAUUUUAUAAUUAGUUGCAUUUCUUCUAGUUACAUAUAAUAAAAAUGUAAUAUUAAAAAGCCUUUUUUUCUGUGAACAACUUUUAUAACUUUUCUAGCAGUAAUUUUGCUCUGACAUUUAAUGAUAGAUAUGUUUCUAAAAGAAAAUUUUUCGAUUUUCUCAAGAGUUUUUUCAGCAAAUGUGAAAAUUCGAGAUAAAACAUGGGAAAACAAGGAAAUGUAGAGAAAUUGGAAAAAUCCGUACAACAAAAACAAAUAUUAUUAAAAAAAAUAUAUUAAGUCUAUUUAUUUAUUUAACUAUAAAAUUACAUAUUUAUUUUUGAAAAAGCAUCAUUAUGAACUGAACUUCUUCUGAAAUUUUUUCUUAAACAAUGGUUUAUCAUUGCUUACAGGUAUACAUUAAAUUAUCUAUAACAGGCUGCACCUGUUACCAGUAUAUUACCUUUCUUUUCAAUAUAUGAUGUGGCUAAAAAAGAGUUAACAUAUAAUUUCUUUCACAAUGCCCUUUUCUUGCUAUUCAAUGCUGAGUGGGGAAAUUGUUUUUUAUUUAAUUAGUUUAUAUGAAUAAUUAUGCAUUAGGUGUUUUUUAUUAGCAGCAUUAAAUUGUUUGUACAUAUUAUUUAUAUUUGUGUAUUUCAGUGGAAAAUUAAAGGAAGCUCUGGAUUGUCUGGAAAAAGCUAUACCUCUAGCUAAAUCAGAAAAAGAAUUGUUACGCAUAUUUUCAUUACGGAAUUCAGCACAGGCCCGAUUAGCAGCAUCUGAACGUUUUGCAAUAAUAAUUCCCAAAGUUGAAUGA